AUGGGCGAGGUCGGUGAACGAGGAAGCGAAGCUGCGGACGAGCCAGGCCGCGAGUCACGUGGACAAGUCAGAAGUGCGUCGCUGCAGCGGCAGCUGUUCCAGAACGGCGGGAGCGAAGUGGACCAGCUAGGACUCGAACCCGAGACCGCUGCGAACAUGUCGGGAGUCCUCAGGGACGGGAGAGGUGAUGGCGCCGAAGGAGCUGGGGAAGGAGCGGAAGGGAUUGCAGCUGGGGGGGUUGCUGAGGGUGGGGAAGCAGGGGAGGCAGGGCAGGGAGGGGAGGGAGCGUACGAGGAUGACGAGGCGUUUGCUCGUGCGUUGCAGGAGGAAGAAGAGCGCGAGAUGGCUCGCAGGCUGUUCGCCAUGGCUGGGCUGCAACUGAGCGACGGUCGAGGUGCGUCACUGUUGAGGGUCGAGCUCGAGGAGGAGAGCGGAGAUGCUGGCAGCAGCGCAUGGCGUCGCGUGGCCUUUCGGCGAGGGAGGGGUGAGUUGACUAAGAGUCAUGGUGAUGAGGAGUCGGAGGAGGAGGAUUCAGAGGAGGAGGAUGGGGAGGAUGAGGAUGCACUGGAUGUGGACGAGAUGACGUAUGAGGAACUGACUGCUCUGGGAGAGGUGAUUGGAACAGAGAGCAAGGGGCUGGCACAAGCAACCAUUAGUGCACUGCCGCGUGUCGCAUACAGCACCAAGAGUCCGCUUAGGCGAGGCGAGGACAUGUGCGCCAUUUGCCAGCUGGAGUAUGAGGAAGGGGAGGAGUUGUUGUUACUGCCACCGUGCCACCAUUCAUACCACGAGGCCUGUGUCCUGCAAUGGCUGGGACGGAACAAGGUCUGUCCUGUCUGCAAGGAGGAGGUGCAACAGCCAUCAAGCGAGCUGUUUCUCUACAUGAAGACCAUCGAACGAGCACACAUGCCCAACAAGCUCUGGGAGCGUGUGAAGCUUCCGAGAAACUACACCAAGGCACUGGAAGCAGUGGACAAGUUUCUGCAAUGGUGGCCGCCUCGCAUGGUCUCUCUUGUGAAGCUUCGUUUGACUCGGUUGACGCAGUACCUCAUUCGCAUGCGACGACUGGCCGUCAAGAUACAGCCCAAGCUCGUGACAAUGCCGACAAAAAUGAGGAAGAGGGAUGAGAAGAGGGAGGCCAAGGCAGAAACCGCAGCCAAGAUUGACAGAGCCAUUGAGAAGGAGCUCCUACAGCGGCUACAGAGCGGAACGUACGGCGAGCUUUAUAACUUCCCGCUGAAGCAGUUCCAAAAGAGGAUAGAGGAGGAGGAGAAGGAGGAGCAGGAGGACGGUCCAGUCAAGAAGAGAGUGAAGGUGGUUGGAGGGGAGGAGGGUGUGGAGGAUAGAAAAAUGGAAGAAGAGGAAGAGGAGGAGGAGGAGGAGGAGGAAGAGGAGGAAGAGGAGGAUUAUGAGCCUCAGGUGGAAUUUGUUGAGGGGUAUGAUUUAGAGGAGGAGGAGGAUGAGGAGGAGAUUGAAGAUAUGGGGGAUCGACUGGCGUUGCCUGGGCGUGGGAGGAGGGGAGAGGAGGAUUAUGGUGAGGAGGAUGAGGAAGAAGAGGAGGAGGAGGAAGAGGAGGAGGAGGAGGAGGAGGAGGAGGAGGAGGAGGAGGAGGAGGAGGAGGAGGAGGAGGAGGAGGAGGAGGAGGAAGAGGAUGAAGAGGAAGAGGAUGAGGAGGAGGAGGAGGAGGAUGAGGAGGCGGAGGAGGAAGCAGAGUUGGAGUUUGAGAGGAGUGUGCAGGCGAGAUGGGGGAAGCAGCAGGCGGCAGCAGGAAAUGGGGCAGCGGCAAGGGCAGGGGCAAGGAAGGGUGGUGCUGCUGAUGCUGGUGCUAGAGGGAAGGGGGCUGCAGCAGGCAAAGCCGGAAGGAGAAGACACAUCGAGCUGGAGUAUGAGGAGGAGCGGGAACAGGCACGUGCAUAUGACUUCUGA